AAGGCUGCGCGGUCUAGCCGCCCGGAGCACUGGCCCAGGCCCUUCGUCUCUUAUCGCUCUCGCCAACAAUGGCGCACAGCCUCACCGGCGGCGCCUCCCCCUUCUGCUGUUGCCCCUACCCGCCCUGCUACGCCGCAGUGCGAGCUGUCCCGAUCGCUCACCGUCGACCCCGCCAUAUAGUGCUCGCCUCGGCCUCCCCCCCGCCGCCGCCGCCGGCCAUCGAGGGCCGCGGGGUCCGUUUCUCGGUGACGACGCGGCGGGGGCAGGUGCUGCCGGUGCUCAAGGACUGCUCUCUCUGCGUCCCACCGGGGCAGCUCUGGAUGCUCCUCGGCCCCAACGGCUGCGGCAAGUCCACGCUCCUCAAGGUUUUGGCAGGUUUUCUAAAUCCUUCUGCUGGAGCAGUGCAUAUCAAUAAGCCGUUUAGCUAUGUUUUCCAAAAUCCCGAUCACCAGGUUGUGAUGCCUACGGUGGAAUCUGAUGUUGCAUUUGGCCUUGGUAAGCUCAACCUUUCAUUGGAUGAGGUUAGGUCAAGAGUUUCAGAAUCCCUGGAUGCUGUUGGAAUGUUGAGCUACUCUCAAAGGCCAAUCCAAACUCUCAGUGGUGGGCAGAAACAAAGAGUUGCAAUUGCCGGUGCUUUAGCUGAAGCAUCCAAAGUACUACUACUGGAUGAGCUGACCACAUUCUUGGAUGAAUAUGAUCAGAUGGGUGUUAUCGAGGCAGUGAAGAACUCUGUUGCUUCUGGUGGGGAGGUUGCGGCAUUGUGGGUGACUCAUCGGCUGGAAGAACUCAAAUAUGCAGAUGGUGCUAUUUAUAUGGAAGAUGGCCAGACGAUUAUUCAAGAUGAUGUGUCUAGCAUAUCCAGAUUUAUAAAGAAGAAACAAGCACGCUACUUUGGCCAUUUCGAGCUCUGAUCCACAUGAAUCCGGAGCUAUGGGCAGAACUAUCUGCUUUGUGUAACAUCAGUAUGAUCAUAGUGUUGUGCAACUCCUGCCGGGCUGGCCGGUCCCGAGGUUGCACACCAAGAUCGUAGUCGAACACACACACAAUCACGAAGUACAGUAAAAUAGAUGAAUAUCAGGAAGUAGAGAGGAACAUGAGCUCUUGUUAUUUUCGAUCUCAAGUGUACGUACAAGGAGUAGCCUUCUCUCCUUUAUAUA